AGCUCCGCCCUGCGCAUCACCCUCUCCUCCCAAGCUCCUCCCACUCCCUGCCCCUCGGCCCGCCUCCCUUUCAGACUUGCCUCUGAAGGAAAAUCGAAAGUGAAAUAGGGAACUUGCCGCCAGCUGCGGACUCGCCUGAAAAGGCUUCCGCAGGCUCUCCACAGGGCUGCCUCAUAGGAACGUUACCGCAAUGGCCUCAGCAGCGCGCCUGGCGAUGAUGUGGGAGGAGGUCACUUGCCCUAUCUGCCUGGAUCCUGUCGUGGAGCCUGUGAGCAUUGAAUGUGGCCACAGCUUCUGCCACGACUGCAUCUCUCAGGUCGGAAAAGAUGGGGGCGGCGUCUGCCCUGUGUGUCAGCACAUCUUCUUGCUCCAGAACGUCAGGCCCAACUGGCCGCUGGCCAACAUGGUGGACAACCUUAAACAAAUUGACCAGAGUGCCAAGGAGGGCAUGCAGCGGGAGCGGUGCGAGGUGCACGGAGAGAAACUGCACCUGUUCUGCGAGGAAGACGGGAAGAUCCUUUGCUGGGUGUGUUCCCAGUCCCAGAACCACCGUAACCACCACAUGGUCCCUAUUGAGGAGGCUGCUCAGGAGUACAAGGAGAAGCUCCAGGUGGCAUUAGGGAACCUGAGAAAAGGACAACGGUUGGCGGAGGAGUUGGAAGUGGAUAUUGCAAUGAAGAGAGCAGCCUGGAAGAGUCAGGUUGAGACACACAAACUGAGGAUUCACACAGAGUUUGUGCAGCAGCAGAACUUCCUGGCUGCAGAGGAACAAAGACAGCUACAGAAGCUAGAGAUGGAGGAGAAGGAGCAGCUGAGAAUCCUGGGCGAGAGGGAGGCCACACUGGCCCAGAAGAGCCAGGCCCUGCAGGAGCUGGUCGUGGAGCUGGAGAAGAGGAGCAGGGGCUCAGCCCUGGAGCUGCUGCAGGAGGUGAAAAGUGUCCUGGGAAGGAGUGAGUGUUGGAACCUGAAGAAUCUGGACAUCACCCCUCCAGACCUGAGGAGUGUGUGCCUCGUGCCAGGGCUGAAAAGGAUGCUGAGGACUUACGGAGCCCCUCAUCCUCAUCCCCAACCAGAGACACCAGGUUCCUCAUUCCCCACACUCUCCCAGCCUGACUCUGGUCCCCUCUCUGCAGUACACAUCACUCUGGAUCCAUACACAGCCAAUCCGUGGCUCAUCCUGUCAGAGGAUCGGAGACAAGUGAGGCUUGGAGGCAGCCGGCAGGAAGUGCCUGAAAAUGAGGGCAGAUUUGACACUUAUCCCAUGGUCCUGGGUGCCCAGUUCUUUGACUCUGGAAAGGUUUACUGGGAGGUAGAUGUGACAGGAAAGGAGGCCUGGGACCUGGGUGUUUGUAGAGACUCUGUGCGGAGGAAAGGGCAUUUUUUGCUCAGCCCCCAAAAUGGCUUCUGGACAAUUUGGCUGUGGAACAAACAAAAAUAUGAGGCUGGCACCAGCCCCCAGACUCCCCUCCACCUUCGGGUGCCUCCAUGCCAAGUUGGGAUCUUCCUUGACUAUGAGGCCAGCACUGUCUCCUUCUACAACAUCACUGACCACGGCUCCCUCAUCUACACUUUCUCCGAAUGUGCCUUCGCUGGACCUCUGCGGCCCUUCUUCAGUACUGGUUUUAAUGAUGAAGGAAGUAACUCAGCCCCUCUUGUCCUCCGUCCAUUGGGGGUGGGUUGGUAGGGAUCCUCUGACCACUGGUAGCACCCCCUCUGUGGGUGCCCUUCUCAGCCACUGACCCUGCCUCAUCUCCGCAUGAACUCUGAACCACUUUGUCUCUGCAGACCUGUCAGGACACCAGCAAGCAGACUUUGGCAGGGACUUCACUGAAAAUUUAUGUCAGAUGACCUUCACCAUCAGCGUCCCUCCCUAGAUUGCUUUAUAAUUCCCUCUAUGAAACAAACUAAUUGGCCCAAAUCUUCUGGAUCAACCAAAACAUGUUUCUGCCUUCUU